UUAUUGUUCCUUUGUCCAAGGUGUUCAUUGCGUUUCGACAUUCUUGUUUCGUUUUGCACACUGUUAAAUGAACAAAUGGAGUUAAAGAUUUUGAUUUGUGUUAAUGUUGCAUUCAUAACUUUUGCCCAUCAAGCCGAGAGUAUCUCCUAUACCCUGACCCAGCCAGAUACACGCUCUAUUUCCUGCUCCUCUUCACAGUACAUCGACAUCACAUACGGAAGAUAUUACUGUUGGUAUAAUGGAUCAACUGUCACCUCCAAGAUUCGAACAAACUGUAACUACAACCAUAACUGCACCAUAAAAGCGCAAAACUCAUGGCUAGAUAUUGACCCAUGUUCCGGAACAACAAAAACUCUUGCCUGGACUUAUUACUGCAGAUCAAUUUGGGGAAGCUGGGGAUCAUGGGCCGCUUGCCCCAGAAACUGUACCACCCACAACCUCGUCCGAUACAGAAGCUGUGUCAAACCGAAUGGAGGGUGUGGAUCAGCCCCAGCUGAUUAUAUCGCUUGUAAAAGACUCGGAUGUUACUCAUCGUCGGAGAUCAGCAGAACUACCCCCGAUGACCAGGUGUACUAUAGUCUGACCACCGACUGUUUCGUCGCCAUAGAUAGAACGUCCGUUGCCUUUAGAGGAAGGGCAAACAAUGAUCUUCAUAUCGCGUUGGGUAGUGUAGACAGCGUAACCAGCGGUACCCAUUAUGAAUUCAUAAUCGGAGGGUGGGCUAACACUAAAUCUGAAAUUAGAUUCGCCCUUAGUUCCAGUACAUGUGAUUCUUAUAGUGGAUCUGUUCUAAGCCAAACAUAUUUUGACGAGUUUUGGAUUUCUUGGAUUGGAAAUUAUAUCCACUUUGGAACAGGGAGUACUCCUGGGAGUAAUAUUCGCAUGAGUUGCAAUCACUCAACUCCAUACGACGUCAAUUUUAUCUGGAUUAAGACAGGAUGGGGUUCCUCGGGGGAAUGGAGAUUUUCAAAUGAUGUUGCUUGCAAACACGUUACUAAUUCCUAUGUCAGCGUUACCACAGACGAUACGUCCUGCAACGGAACAAGUUCCUACACGUGUAACUCUGGAUACAAACAGGUCGGUGGAAACACACAACGUACAUGUGGAUAUGGUGGAAUCCUAUCUGGGUAUCCACUGGUCUGCUCAGGUAAGAUGCAAUAUCCUCUAUGUUCUAGGGACGUUGUAAACCUAAAUACCAACUCUAUACUAGCAGCAUGAUUUGUUUUAGUUUCGACUUGUAAAAUUGACAUAGUGUUCAAUAUGAUGUGGGGUUUUUUUUUGGAGGUUUUUUUUUGUCAUUUUCUACCCAUUUUGCUUAGGAUCUAAUAUGUGCUACUCUUGAUUGUUUUUUUUAAAUGGAAUUUAAUUCUGCUUGUACCUGUUUAAGUUUUUUAUAAUCGAAUUUCUCAGUUUUACUAGUUUCUAUAUUUUCAAUGUCUCUUUUAUUUUCCUUUUUCCGUUUCUUAAUUAAUCUCUGUUGAUAUUUCGAAAGGUUAAUAGAAUUUUUUUUAUCUUACGUUUAAUGCAUUCCCAUUUGUUUAUUGGGUUCGUGGAAUUAUCUUAAUUAUCAAUGAUUUUAUGAAACUUCUUUUUAUAUUUAUUGUUUUCUAUAUUUGACACAUUUAACUUCCAGUAGCCUGGGCCACUUUUUUUACAUGAUAAGUUCAGGUGAAAAUUUGAAAACCUAUUUUCAGACAAUCGAUUUUCUUUAGAAUGAGUGCCAGGAAUUUUCCUAAUUAUUUAUCCACCAAAUGUACGAUACUUAUUUUCAUUUAAUAGUACAUCACACCAUGAUAGACCAUUCAACUUGGAGAACUCACUUUUCCAAAAGUCAAUUAAGUUGAAUUUGUUCAUGAUAUUUUUUAAAACGAGUAAAUUUUAUCACUUAUAUCAUUAAUUUGACAAUUAAAGUCCCCACAAAGAAUUAAGUUGUCAUUUAAGCAAUUUUUUCUAUAAUGGAUUUUAAUUUUGUAAAAAAAAAAUUGACUGGUGCUUAAUACGUAAGGGGCGUAUACAUUUAUGGUGGAGAAAUAUUCACCAUUUAUCUUAACGUUCAACAACAUUUUUCUUCCAUCUAAUGACUUUUUAAAGUUCAUGACUUUAAUACCAAGAUUUUCUCAAAAAAUAAUAGUUACACCUCUACUAAAUACUGAAUCACCAUUUGCAUGAAAAGGUUUUCCCUUCCAACCAGUGUUGUAUAUACAUUCAUAUUUUUUAACAGAAUGUGUUACUUGCAGAAGUGCAACGUCUAUUUUCUUUUCAAAAAGCCAUGAAUAUAUUUUUUUCCUUUUCUCGUCUGUAUUUAAACCUCUAACAUUUACUGAAAUAAAGCUUUCCAUUACUCAGGAUUGUAUAUUAAAGUGACUAUUAAAAGCAUUAAGUAUAGUUCAUAGCAUGUGCACAUGCUACUAAUUAUACAUAUAAUUGCCAUACCACUGUUCCUAAGGCGAGUCCAAAUAACGAACCGGCUCAUUGUUAUCAUAAGUUUAUAACUCGGGCGACACUAUUUGGUCUAUCCUUUUACGCAAAGAUUGAAUAUAUUCACCGAGAACUUCUUUAGGGUAUACAUAGAAAAUAAGAUUUGAAAAAUGUUCAAUAAAUAAAACGAGUCAAUUCAUUUCUUUUAUGCGCGAUUUUAGUAUUGAUGGAUAGACGCUUCCGAAGCACGACCACUAGGCUGCGUUCAAGAUCGUACCUGCUAUGAAGGGCUACGUAGUUGAACGGUAAGCAAGUCUAGCCGCUGCGUAGAUAUCCGUAGCCAAAAUAUUUAUGCUAAAAAUCAAGAUGACCACCUUAGUAACUACUUUGUAACAAACAUGAAGUCUAUUAACUUAGUGAUAUUUUGUUCAUUCUUUAAGUUAUAAUGAAUUUUAUUGUAAUAUCUUAUUAUAAAUCUAAAUAAAAUGAAUUAUCCAUAUAUUCUAAAUACAUGUGGUUUUUUUUGCAAAACAGACUAAAAAUAAUGUCAUAAAACUUGUUAUAGUUUCUCACAAAUUGUUUGCUAGUGGUUUUCAAAAUCUAAGUAUCUACAGUUUUUCAAUAACAUAUAUUUUUCAAGCAGAAUCCUGAUUUUUAUUAUUUGUUUUACUUAUUCAAAACUUAGGUAUGGGUUUUGUAUUUGGUUGCAAAAAUAUACCAUUUAAUAACCAUUGAUAUUAAAUUGUACAGUUUAUAGAUGCUUGGUUUUAGAAAUCUACCAAAUAAAACAGAUUUUUUAUCAAAAACUAUGGAAAUAUCAAAUUCAUUUAAAAACCAUUCCUCAACAUCACAGUCCUUUUACAUAAAAACAUUCAUAAAAAAGAUGAUUGAUUGUUUCAAUAUUUGUCUUACAGAAGCUACAUAAGGGAGAAUCAAUUAAUUUCAACUUGUGCAGAUAAUAAUUUGUAGGUAUAAUUCUAUGUAAAAUUUUAUAUUUGAGCCAGUUGGGUUUACUUUCUCGAACCGCUUUAAAGCAAAGACAGUAGAUUCUAUUCCAUUCUAAAUCGGUGAAGUUUUCUUCAAGAUCUCUCCAUCUAAUUAAGGAUGUUAUCGGUUCUCUUUUAUUUUCAAUUAACGUGUUAUACAUUUGCUUACAUCCUUUUGUAUCCCUAUGAAAAAGAUAAAUAGAGUUUGAAUUUUUAGGUCCAUGUUCUUUGCUCAUAUAUGUAUUGUCUAUGUGUUUUUAUUAUUGGUUUUUUUAAACCUGCAUAUUCAAUCGAAAUUUGUAUUCACUUUUAUGUCAUUUAAUAUUUCUAAGCUAAAAAAAAUUCCAUUACAGUCAAACAGAUCACUAAUUAAAGUAAACUCUACUCUAAAAUAUUUUUUUUUAAAUACUGAGGAAUAUCCUAUCAAAAAGUUUGGGUUGUCCCAUAAAAGUUCAUUAUUAAAUUGUUUUUCAGUUUGCUUACUUGUUGAUUUUAUUACCUUUGCCCAGCUUAGUAACACUUUUUCCCAAUAUAAAUUUGGUAUUUUUCUAAUCAUUUCAAAAGUAAAAUCUAAUGCUCUUUUCCAUAAAUCUGAUAUUUCAAUUUCUAAGGUUGUUUCUAAACGUUUUACCCAUUUUGCAUUGGAAUUAAUUAAUCUUUUCAUCAAGCUGGAUUUUAGCGCAAUGAUAAACGCUGGGUAAUCAAUCAUUUUUAGCCCUCCAUAUUUAUAAUCUUGUAUUAAAGUGGAUUACUUUAUUUUAUGCAUGUUGCAUCCCCAUAAAAAGUGGUAAAAAUCAAUUUUUUUUAUCAAGUUUGAUCUGGAUUUGGUAGACCUAAUAUUAAGUGAUUUAAUUUUGGUAUAAUUAAUGAUUUUAUUAUUUUAAGUCUCCCUAUUGGUGUUAGUCUUCUAUGUGUCCAUUAAUUCAUUAUUUUAUUGAUUUCUGAUAAUUUAUGAGCAUAAUUUAAUUCGGACAUUUCUUCACGAUUAAUUGAAAAUUUGAAUCCGAGACGGUCAAAUGUUGUGUUAUUCCAGUCUAGCUUCCAUCGGGUAUGGUGAAAAGCAUCUUUAGAAAAUUGGUUGCUGCCUAUCCAUACCAUUUUUGUUUUUUGGAAAUUAAUUUUAAGACCCGAUAUGUUUUCAAAGAAGUCUAAUUCUCUUAGAAUGCCAUCAAGUGUAAGGGGAGAGCCAUCAGAAAUAAGGGAUGUAUCGUAUGCAUAUUGGGACAGCUUAUAUUCUACAUUUCCAAUUUCAAUACUUUUUAUGUCUUUAUUAUUUCGAAUUAUUAUUCCAAGAAUUUCUGCACAGAGGAGAAAGAAAUAGGGCGAUAUAGGAUCUCCUUGUCUGCAGCCCCUUUGAGGCUAUAUGUAAUCUGAGCUAAGUCCGUUCUUUAAAACACAUGACUUUAUUCCUUUAUAAAAUGUGUUAAUCUUUAUUUCUUUUUUCUUUUUUUUUUGCUUAUAACCAAAGUUGAAAAAAUCUAAUGUUUGAUUAAUGAAUUCUAAGGAAAUUGUGUCAAAAGACGUUUCAAAAUCUAUAUCCAUUAACAGUCCAGGUAUUUAUUUAUGAUCUGUAUAUUGUAUAAUGUCAUAGAUUAGUCUUAUAUUUUCUCCAAUAAAUCUUCCUUUAAUGAACCCAUUUUGGUCUCUAUUUCUUAGUUUAUCUAAGUGUACUUUAAUACGUUCUGCUAUACAUCCUAUUUUAUAGACAACAUUAAAUAGGGUAAUAGGGCGCCAAUUUUUCAUAUGCUGGUUAGGUUUCCCUGCUUUUGGUAUACAAGUAAUUAAACCAAAUUUAUUAUGGUCUGAGACUUGACCUAUUUCAUAAGAAUUCUUAAUAGUUUUAGUCACAAAACACCAAAGUCUUAAAGAAUUUACAGGUGAAACCAUCUGGGCCGGGACUUUUGUCAUUCCUUAUUUUUUUUUUCAGAAAAUUAUACACUUCAGUAUUAUUUAAUGAACCCUCUAAAGUAUCAGAUUCUUCUUUUGUUAACUUUGUUACAUUGAAUUUGUUUAAUUUUGAUCGAAAAUCCUCUGUAUAUAUAGUUUCUCUUUUUCUGUAAAGAUUUUCAUAAAACAUUUUAAUUUCAUUUAGAAUUUUGAAUUGGUGAGUAAUAAUUGACACGUCAUCUUUUUGUAUUCUUGGAAUUUGUUUGCUAAUAAAGGUUCUGGAUUCUAGACUCAAAAAACACUUGAUGGGCUUUUUUCUUUCUUCAAUCCAUUUAGCUCUGGAUCUUAUACAUUGUCCUUUUAAUAUACCACUCCUUAUUUGCUCUAGUUCAUUCUGUUUAUCAUUAAGUUCGGCAAUUGUGUUUUGAGUUAAGUUUUGCUCGAUUUCAGUUAUUUCUUCUCCAGUUUUAAUUUUUUUAUUUUGUUUUUUGGAGUUGAUUUUAAUCAACUCUCCUAUGCAGUUACUCUGGCAAACCGAAAGUGAAACAGUGUUUGGACCUAAGCACAAAUCAUCACCGCUGACAAGACUAAGUUCUUAAAAUAAUAGACAACAAAUUCGAUGUAAUGUAUGCUGAAGCAUUGUUUUUCAAGGAAACUUAUCUAUAAACAUUUUGAAAAUAGUCAAAUUUUAUAUUCUACGAACAAUUUAGAUAUGUUUGUAGUCUCAUGUAUUCCUACGCCAGAGUUAAUAUAGUCUCGUUCAACCAGACGCUCGGCUGUCUCCGUAAAUCUGCGACAAGCAUAGAGGGGGCUCUCUUGCUUGUCGGAUAUUAACGGAGACAGCCGAGCGUCUAGUUAAACGUGACUAGAGUUCGAUAUCAAUAGUGCUUGGAUCCAUACAAUUUUUAGAAUUGUUUCGAUAACUAAUACAUACUAGUAGUUGAAAUCUAUCUUUAAAUAUUACACAACAUGAUUCAUAUGGGGUUUCUCGAAAUUCUUGUCGGAAAAGUCUAAAAAUUCAUA